AUGCGGCCUGGGCCCGCGCUCCUGCUCCUGGGCCUGGGCCUGGGCCUGGGCCACCUCCCGCCGCCCGCGGGACCCCGCGGGGCGUCGGCCUGGCCGUCGGGGGCCCUUAGGAGCGCCCCGGGCUCCGGGCGGCACGGAGGCCUCGCCCGCCUUCGCCCGCAGCCUCGCGCGGCCCCGGAGGGCGGCGACCCCCAGAGCGGACCCGGCAAGGCCCCCUCCCCGCCCCGCUCCGUGCACCCCGCCGGCCCUCGCCGCGGCCGCCGCCCGGCCGCCCAGAGCAGGUGUCCGGAGGACGCGCCCGGGAGCGGGAGUUUGAAAGCAGCCAACUCGUCCGACAGCAGAAGCACAGCGCCUUCGGUGGCUUGUCAGGUGAUACCCUGUGCCAUCAAUCGGGUGCACAUCAACAGGGAUCAAGAGCCUGUGACCCUCAGCAGGAAGAACGCUAACUCCAUCAACGCCACCGUCGAUUUUGAGUGCCCCAUGAACGCGUACCUUGUCUACAAGUGGCAGAUCUUUCCCGUGAGCUCUCUAAAUGAAGUGCCCGACUGGUCCAAUCCUCUGCCUGUUCAGUUCCAGACAAAUAUUCCUUUCUUACGCAUCCCCAAGUCUACUCUGCCUUGGGGAGUGUACCUGUUUCAUUUCAGCAUGUCUAUCUCCAGAAGGAAUGAACAAACCUUAAAGAAGUCAGAUUCGGUCUACGUCCAGUUUAUCAGAAGUCCACUGAGGGCGGUUCUUCUCGGAGAUGCUGAUAUAACAGUAAAUUUCUCAGAUGAACUGAUUCUGGAUGGAAUCUCGUCUUCUGACCCAGAAGAGGACAAACCCUCAGAGGGUCUCCGUUUUUAUUGGUACUGUACCACAAAUGCAGACAACUACCAAGGAGAUCAAAUAGCAGUGACGAGUAAGGAAGUCUGUCACCCAGACCAGACGAAUCUGAAUUGGCCAGGGGCUUCAGGCCCUACACUAAGGGUCGCCCCAGAAACACUUAAAGGGAACAGAGUGUAUUAUUUCAGACUGGUGAUAAAGAAGGUUUCCAGAUCAGCAUUUUCUGAUAAACGGGUACAUGUGCUCCCAGGACCAUCACCUACUGCACACCUCUCAUGUAUUGAAAACUGUGACAGCAAUUUAGCUGUAUCAGAUCGAUUUUCUGUGUUUGUAAACUGCACAGACUGUGUUAGCAGGGAUUUCUAUACCUGGUCAAUUUUGUCCUCAGCAGGUGAUGAAAUGCUAUUUGACUGGAUAGGGCAAACUGUAACGGGGAGGAACCGUGCUUAUUUGUUGGUAAAAGCUUUUGCCUUUGCUCAUUUCUCGGAAGAUCAGUUUUGGGUUUCCGUCUCUCUAGCAAGUUGGAAGGGCAUGACCUUGGUGUUCAGACAUGGCUUUAUCAUCAAUUAUGGCCCUCAAAUUGGGGAAUGCCAAGUUAAUCCAGCUAGAGGAAUUGCAAUUUUUACUAAAUUUGUUGUCCAGUGUAGUGAUUUUAAGGAUAAACACAUUCCUCUUACAUAUAAAAUAAUCAUUUCUGAUGCGGAAAGUGUUGGAGAUAUCAGUUCAGUGAAAGAGAACACCCUGGGGACCACCCUGUAUCUGGGGACAGGGUCCACAGCACCCCCUUCCUUCCUUCCUGCCGGGAUGCCAGGGAAUCAUUAUGCCUUGAAGUUUUAUGCCCAGGUUUAUGACUCCCUAGGAGCCUUUUCUCAGGUGACAUUUUAUGCCACCGUACAGGCGCCUACUGCCAAGAACUCUUCAAGGGCUGUGUUGGAUCAUUUGUUCUACCUGAGCACAGGAGACACUUCACUGCUGCUCACUUUGCUUCAGAAGCAGGACUUGUUACCUGCGGGUUACUUAAUGUAUAUGGUGGCUUCUGUCUUGAAUAGCAUGAAAACUGAACCAGCACUACAAGAGGAUAAAGACAUUCUCCGGGAAUACCUUGUAAGACAGUCUUUCCAGCUUCCUGAAAACACUUUGGAAGAAAUUGGCCAGGUAGUGAUGGCCAUCACCAAAUUAACUCAGAAAGACUCUGAGCUCACCCAAAGUGCUCAGCAAAGGGCCACAGAGAGGCUCUGGCAAGCAAACCAAGCCCUGCAAGAGUAUCGACAAAAAGACCAGCACUUCCGUUCUGAGCAAAUUGAUAUCAUAAGCACUGGGAUACUGAUGAGCUUGUCCAGCAUCUUCAAGCUGACCUCUCGUCAUCAGGUGGUUCAAGAUCCUUUCAAAGUGGUAGAAGCUCUGUCAGACACGAUUUUGGCUGACAAAGUGCCAGGCAACCAGAUCACUGUGCUGAGGACUCCCAAACUGAACCUGUACGUGGAGAAAGUGGAAAAGUGGGAUGUGUCCCAGGUUUUCAAAAAUGAGAAAAACUGCCGAAACUGCUUCCGUGCCACACUGAAUGUAAGCAGGGUUCCUGAUCUUCCUGCAAAAGCGCCAGUCUCUGUGAUGUUUUAUGAGUUCACAGAUGACCCCUUUCCUUGGAUACAUUAUCCAGAAAACAUUUCUGCAGAGGUGGUUGGGUUCAGAAUGACAGGAGCCUCAGAUACCGGAAGUGUGAUAGAGAUCACACCCGAUGUCGCCGAUGUGUUCCUCGUCAGAAAAAACUUGAACUUUGCAAACUUCGAUCUCAUGGUGGGACCCAGCAAGGAGCGUGAGGGGUCCUUGAAGAAAACAACAGGGGCAUUUGGAUUCGAAGUGGACAUCAGAAGAGUCAGCGAGGUGCUGGUCCACAUCGUGACAGAAGUGACUGUGUUGUUCAAGGUGCUUGUGUACGCAGGCAGUCAGGUUGCCCCCACUGAUAUGGUUGCUGUCUUCCUUGUGCCUCACGACAUCCCUCCAGUUGUAGACCACAGCUGGAGUGAUCUGCCUAACCCAGCCUGCGCAGUGAGGGAGGUCCGAGUGAUCUGCCUGCCACCAUCCCUGCUGCAAGUCAUAGCUCAGCGCAACCACUCACCCAAGGGUACUGUGUCCAUGGUUCUGCAGGCACCUCAUUUUGUCCUGGAGCCCAGUGACAAGCUAGUGAGGAUCUCUCUCUUCACUGUGCACUGCAUGGACAUGUUUGGCAUCCAGAGUGACUGGAAGGAGGACACGUGUAUGCUGGGUGAGAAGACAACCUGGAACAAAGUGCACUGUGUCUGCAAGAGCUCGGUGAGGACCAGGCGACAGCUGCAAAGACUCAGGCUGGCCUAUCGUAAGCUGCACACCCACUUCGUGACGGCCAAGGUGAUCGUGGUUCCGAACCCUGUGGAUCUGCGGCUCACAGUCAUCAGGAACAUCAGGCAAAACCCCGUGACCCUCUUCACCGUGCUGUUCAUUAUGAUCAUCUACACAGUGCUAGCCUUCUGGGCCUUGCACAGGGAUGAGAUGGACCAGUUUCUUCGGGACCAUGUGAUAAUUCUGCCCGAUAACGAUCCUUAUGACUGCAUGUGCUACCUGGUCACUGUUUUUACAGGGAGUCGUUGGGGGUCUGGGACCAGGGCCAAUGUCUUUGUCCAACUUAAGGGAACGAAGAAUAGCAGUGAUGUGCAUUGUUUAAGCCAUCCAUAUUUUAAAACCCUCUACCGUGGGAGCAUCAACACUUUCCUCCUUACAACAAAAAGUGACUUAGGUGACAUCCAGUCCAUUCGUGUGUGGCACAACAAUGAGGGAAAAGCUCCAAGCUGGUAUUUAAGUCGAAUCAAAGUGGAAAAUCUGUUUAGCAGACGCAUUUGGCUAUUUAUAUGCAGGAAAUGGCUCUCUGUUGACACCACUUUGGAAGAAACAUUUCAUGUUACCCACCCAGAUGAGCCUCUGAAAAGGAAGGACUACUUCCUGAUAGAUAUGACCAGCAGGCUAGGGAAGAACCACAUGUGGUUCUCGGUGUUCACAGACAUCGUUACCAAGUCGUUCAACAGGCUCCAAAGACUGUCUUGCUGCUUAGCCAUGCUGCUCAGCUCCCUCGUCUGUAACAUCAUGUUCUUUAAUCUAAAUGUGCAAGAACAAACAAAAGAGGGACGCUACAUCAGAUCCAUGAUGAUAGGGAUUGAAAGCGUCAUAAUUACAAUCCCUGUUCAUCUGUUAAUCACUUUUUUCUUCACUUACUCCCAGAAGAAACCUCAAGUGGGUCUGGAUGAGGUGGCUCCUCAAAAGCAUCCCCUUAUGUCAGAAGAAAGUGGGUACUGGAAAGAGCGUCUGGACAAGUGGCAUGCUUAUGAAACAUCCAAGGAGCACGCCAAGGAAGGGGCAAAGGAAACCCAAGCACCAAAGGAAACCCAAGCGCCAAAGGAAACCCAAGAGAGUAUGGAAGAAGAGACCGAGGCCUCCACGAUCCACGGGACCAACACAAAUGACAAUAACAGAAAUAGAAAUGCCAGUAACAGAAAUGGAGAAGACAAUCAAGAUGUUCCUCCUAGGGAGUCCUCUUUCGGAGAGAAUCCUCAGAAGCUUAACAAAAAACCCCAGCUUGUCUUGCCUUCGUGGUGUGUCUACAUAGCAUGGUUCUUGGUGUUCGCCACCUGCAGCGUAUCGUCAUUCUUCAUCAUAUUCUAUGGCCUGACCUAUGGCUAUGAGAAGUCAAUGGAGUGGCUCUUUGCAUCUGUUUGUUCAUUCUGUCAGUCAGUUUUUCUGGUGCAGCCAGUUAAGAUCAUACUCUUGUCAGGCACCAAAACAAAUAAGCUGAAGUACUGCAAAAACCUCUCCUGGUCCACCAAGCACGGCUACAUUGAGAUCAGGCUGCGGGAGCUGAACGUGCGUCCGGAACACAUGCCGGCACUCCAUGAGCACAUCCUCCGCCUGCAAGGCUCCAGGAUGUAUCAGCCUCUCACUGAGGAUGAAAUCAGAAUAUUCCGGAGGAAGAAGAGGAUCAGGAGAAGGGCCAUCCUGUUCCUGAGCUACGUUCUGACUCACUUCAUCUUCCUGGCCCUCCUGCUGCUCCUUAUUGCUCUGCUGCGUCACACUGACAGCUUCUACUACAACCGGUACAUUCGGGACCGGUUCUCUGUGGACCUUGCUGCCGUGACAAAGCUGCAAGACGUCUACGGAUGGCUUGACAGUGUGCUCUUGCCUUUGUUCCACAACGACCUGAACCCAACGUUUCUUCUUGACAGCUCUUCUAAAAUCCUUGGCCUUCCGCUCAUGAGGCAAGUGCGAGCAAAAGCUGGGGAAAGAGUGUGCUUGCCUUCUGAAGACUUCAUGGAGACCAGCAUCUCCAGAGAGAUCCGCUGUCGUCCCAAGUACGGCACUGACCCAGAAGACACAAAAAACUACUCUAACUUUUGGAAUUCAGUUGGCAAGCGGGCGACGGACAAUGCUACCGCUGGGUUUAUUUAUAAGCCUCAAGAGAAGAAAUGGGUGUAUUAUUCCUACGGACUGCUGAAUACUUAUGGGUCUGGAGGGUACGCAUUCUACUUCUUUCCAGAACAGCAGCAGUUUAAUUCCUCACUAAGGCUCAAGGAACUCCAGGGAGGCAAAUGGCUUGAUGAGAAGACAUGGGCUGUGAUUCUGGAACUGACCACUUUUAAUCCAGAUGCCAACCUGUUCUGCAGCAUUUCGAUCCUAUUUGAGGUCUCACAGCUGGGGGUUGUCAACUCCAGCAUAUCCACACACUCCUUCCCACUUGCUGACUUCAACAGGAAAACAUCUGCAGAGAUCUACUUGUAUGUGGCCAUUCUCAUUUUUUUUCUAGCCUAUAUUGUGGAUGAGGGCUAUGUAAUCAUGCAAGAAAGAACCUCCUAUGUGAAAAGUGUGUAUAAUCUGCUCAACUUUGCUUUAAAAUGCAUAUUUACCCUGCUGAUUAUGCUCUUUGUCAGUAAGCACUUCUUGGCCACUGGCGUGAUUCAGUUCUACUUGUCCAGUCCUGCAGAAUUCAUCCCCUUUCAUGCAGUUUCUCAAGUAGAUCACACCAUGAGGAUAAUUCUGGCUUUCCUAUUAUUUCUGACCAUUCUGAAGACCCUCAGGUAUUCUAGAUUCUUCUAUGAUGUGCGCCUGGCUCAAAGGGCCAUCCAGGCCGCCCUUCCUGGCAUCUGCCACAUGGCCUUUGUGGUGUCUGUUUAUUUCUUUGUGUACAUGGCUUUUGGUUACCUGGUCUUCGGUCAGCAUGAAUGGAACUAUAGUAACUUGAUUCACUCCACUCAGACGAUAUUUUCUUACUGCGUCUCGGCUUUCCAGGACACUGAAUUCUCUAGUAACAGGGUUCUUGGGGUUCUCUUCCUCUCGUCAUUCAUGCUGGUGAUGAUCUGCAUCUUGAUCAACUUAUUUCAGGCCGUGAUCCUGUCUGCCUAUGAGGAAAUGAAACAGACUGUGUAUGAGGAGCCAUCUGAUGAGGUGGAAGCUAUGACCUACCUGUGUCGAAAACUAAGAGCUGCAUUCACCUUUCUGACCCCCGAGUCUGGCCGCAAGGAUGAGUCUGAGUUCCUUGCCACCAUGUUGUAUGGGCAACCAGAGAAGAACAGUCACCGGUACCUGGGGCUGAAGACCAGAAACAUCAAGGGGAAGAAAAUGGUUUACCUCGUUGUUUGA